AUGUGGCUCAAAAAAGAACAGACGCAGAAGAGCGAGAGCAGUGGCCGACCUCGCCAGAGUCGAUCGAAUACGCCAGACGCAGAAGCAAUACCCAACGUGGACGAUGACAUUGAGUAUCCGACAGGUCUGAGGCUGGCGUUCGUUAAGAUCUCGGUCUUUCUCGCCAUAUUUCUGAUGUCUCUGGACCGCCUCAUCAUCUCCACCGCCAUCCCAGAAAUCACAAACGAAUUCCAACUCCGCCGGCGACAUUGAUUGGCACGACACAGCUUACAUGUUGACAUCCUGUGCUUUUCAGCUGGUCUUCGGUAAGCUUCAUUCCUUCUCCAACAUCAAGGCGACCUACAUUGCGGCCAAUGUCCUAUUUGAGUUCGGCUCUGCUGUCUGUGGAGCCGCUCCGAAUUCGAUUGGCUUCAUUAUCGGUCGAGCAAUCGCAGGACUUCGAGCUGAGACUGGGGGCUGCUCUGACAACUGCUAUUCAUGCAUCGAUUUUUCUGACAUUGGCACUUGCAGUUCGCAAUCAUCGCCCAUCCACUACCUCUCCACAAGCGGCCAGCCUUUCAAGGACUGUUUGGUGCCAUCUUCGGAGUGUCCUCGAUAAUUGGGCCACUGGUCGGAGGUGCCUUCACCACUAAUGUCACCUGGCGGUGGUGCUUCUACAUAAACCUCUCAAUCGGUGGUGCUGCCUCGGUGGUCAUCGCCUUCCCGCUGCAGAUUCCUCAAGCCUCGAAGACGUCUUCCAGCCUCGUGGAGAAGUUUCGCAAAUCGAAUCCGCUUGGCUUACUCGCGCUCGUUCCCCGUGUCGUUUGCCUCUGCCUGGCAAUGCAGUGGGGUGGCACUGUUUACGCCUGGGGUAUCGGACGUGCCAUCGCCACGCUGACGUUGGGUCUACUGCUCCUAAUCAUCUUCGUUGGACUCCAAAUCUGGAGGGGCGAUGAAGCAAUCUUACCACCGCGCACCACCUCCCAGCGCAGCAUCGCUGCAGCGUUCUGUUUAAGCCGCUGUCUGGGCGCCCACCAGUUGAUCUUCUUGUACUACCUUCCCAUCUGGUUCCAAGCCGUUGAGGGCACAUCAGCCGUUGGAAGCGGUAUUCGACUACUUGAAAUGGUGAUCCCUGUCGUCAUAGCCUCGGUAGUAACUGGCAAGCUAAUCUCGUCGACUGGUUACUACACGCCCUUCGCGAUCGCGGGAGCCUGUCUCACCGCCAUCGCCGCCGGUCUGAUCACAACCUCCGAUGUCAACACCUCCACGGGCAUGUGGAUCGGCUACCAGAUCGUCUACGGUUCCUGCUUUGGACUCUGCGGACAGACACCCGAUAUGGCGGCGCCGACCGUCUUGGCGCGGCAAGAAGUUGCCAUUGAUGCUUCGUUCAUGUUGUUUGGCCAGCAACUCUUUGGUACGAUUUUCACUUCUAUCGGACAGAAUGUUCUGUACAACCAACUCGCUGACCUUCUGGCUGCUUUCACGAACAUCAGUCCGGCAUCGAUUCCGAGCACAGGUGUGACGGAUAUAUUCAACAGCAUUGCGGACCGAUUCCGUUCAUAG